AUGCAGCAGUCUUAUCAUCACUCCCUUGAAACGAUCUCAGAAGAGAUCUCACCUCUAGAUCACGAAGUUCUAUCUCAUGGGGGCACUACAUCAAAUAUUGAGAGGCUUUCAUCCCGCUUGCAGCAGUCCAAAAGAGUAUCUACAGAUAUUCGUCAACAACUCCAUGACCUUGUUUACGAAAUCAGUUACCUAAGAGCCGAGCUUCAAUGGCAGAAGGAAUCAAAGCAGAUUUUAUUACAUUUCCAUGAGGAAAUCUUCCGACUUUUUCAUUUGAUGGAGGAUAUGUUGGUUGGAGUCACUGCAAAACUCAAUGAAUCCGAACAGAGAUAUCUUGAUGUUUUAGGGAUCAAAAGUCAUGGCAGCCAGGCUGAGGGAGACAUGAUAUGA